AUGGAAAACAAAAAGAAGGACCAGAAACUCGCUUUCGUUAGUAAUCGAGAAUCUCAGACAAAUGAUGGGUCUCAGACCAAGCAACAGAAUGCACAACCAAAUGUGACUGUUGGUCCGAGUGCCAAAAUUAGUAGUCCCUCACCUUCACUUGAGAGCACGCCUAACUCAAAUCAGCAGAAACAGCCUUCAAUUGUUCAAUGGCCCUACGCUCCUCAAAAUGCCACAGAACAGUUCUUGGCAAUGCAUUUCCCCUCCCAAGCAUCACCAUCUGGUGCCUUAAAUCAAUGGCAGCAGUAUCCGCACCUAUUUGCACAGUCACCAUCACCUUUUUGGCAACCUCAUCCACCUGCCGCCUUGACAGGCCCAUUACUUGGAGCAAAUGUCCCUACUAUCUACCAGCCAUUCACUGAUACUGGCUUUCCAGGAGCACCUUCUUCGACAACACAGACACUACCUCCCAAUAUGUGUUACCAUUACCCAUUUCCUGGCUUUCCAUGUUCUUGGGAUCCAUCUUCUUACAUGGCUCAGUUGUACCAAAUGCAGCAUCCUUAUGUUCACAGUUUUCCUAGUGCACCCAACUUUUCUUCAGCAACUCCGAAUGUGCCUGAUUGCUUAGCCUCUGGAGAGAAUUCUUCCCAUAGAGGAAAUAUCAGACCACCUGCAAAACUUUCUCAGAAGCACCAACAACUUUGGGAAGCUCAGACAGCGGAGAAUGUCCAGCUUUGGAGUGUGAUAAAUAAAUUGAGAGCUGAAGUUUCUGAUUACAAGGAUCAGCUGAAUAAAGUAGAAGAAGAAGUCUCCUCAUUCAAACAGAAAGCAGAAGAGCCCACUAAACAAGUUAUUGGGACAAUACCUGCAGGAGCAACUCAACCUUUAAGAAAGAGAGGGAGGCCUAAACGACCAAUGGCCUCGGCGGAUGCAUUAUACGAGUCUCACCUCCAUGUUGGUGGUAAAAAGCCUGAGAUAUAUAACUCUCUGUCUCGGAAUAAAUCACCCUUUGAAAAAGUUAAAUCACCCAUCUUUGAAAAAGUUAUUCUUAAAAAGGUGGAAAAUACAGAAAUAACUACUCGUCCCACUAAUACAAUGGCACAGCAGGAAAACAAUGUAAACUUCUUAAGGGUUGUUAAAGAUGUGAGCUGCAACACCCAGAUCAAUCAGAUUAACCCAAUUAAGUCUGCAUGCCAAGGUCAUUUUCAUCAGGAAUAUCAGGGAGUCCAACCAUGUGGAAGUGGAGUAAAUAUUAAUUUUGGAAAGGAUAAAGACUUGAAACUUGCCUACUCUGAACGAUCAGAACCACAUAAAGUGUUGAACAAUGCCAUGGGUGUUUCAGUUAAUAAAUAUAUUGGAAAUACAGGAAAUGGGAGUAUUGGGUUGAGUUCUGGUAGACACUCGCUAGACCCUGCAAAGGAUGUAUUAGAGGUUGCCCGUCAGAGUUUAUUCCACAAUGGCAUAUUCAUCCAACCAGGAGGAAACGUACCUCCUGGAUGGAGUUUGAGUUGUUUGAGUCUUGCAAAUGAGAAGGAAGCUACAGAAGAUAUGGACGGAUCAGCUAAAGAUGAAAAUGAAGUAAUGGGGGAUAACACUAGCUCCGCUGCUCAAGAAAUUGGUGCAACAAAAGACCUAGGUGAUUGGUUGCGCCAUGAAUAA